AUGGCGCCAGACGGAUCACCCGCCUCGUCCCACUCCCUCCUCAGCGCAACCACCUACAAACCCAGCAAAGCGAUCAAGAAGGCACCCAAGGCGCAACUGAAGAGGACAACUCUCAAAAAGGAGACGCAGGUCAAUGGUAUUAAACAUGUCGGCGACGCGCCGUCUCCCGAACUCCCCAAAUUCGAAGGCGACACCAUGGCCAACUUCCCCGCCGGCCAUCCAGAAAGCCUCGAGACGCUCGUGUGCAAACACUGCAAGAAGUCAAUCCUCCAGCGCACGGCCAAGGAGCAUAUCGCUCUAUGUCUAAAGUCCAAGCAGGACAAGGCGCGGAAGAAGAAAGAGGCACGAGAAGCCGCACUGCGAGCCAAAGAGCGGGCCGAGAAAGUCGACGACGACGAUGAUGACGACGAUGACAUCCGCGGGCCCGGCAGAAAGGACGCGGCCAACGGCGGCGACGACGACGGCACGAAAAAGGGCAAGAAACGCAAAGCCGAGGGCGACGACGACAAAGAACCCAAGAAGAAGAAGCGACGAGAAGAUCCCAAAUCCAAAGCCGCGAAACCCAAGGGCCCCGUCGACGUGGAGAAACAGUGCGGCGUCACGCUUCCGAACGGGGUCCAGUGUGCACGGAGUCUCACAUGCAAAAGCCACAGUAUGGGAGCCAAGCGGGCUGUGCCUGGGAGGAGUCUCCCCUACGACAUGCUGCUGGCGGCGUACCAGAAGAAGAACCAGGCCCGGCAGCAAAAGGCCGCGAUCGACGCCAACGCCCCGGCUCUCUUCGACGACGAAUUGGAUCCCACGCUCAAUGGGCCGGUCGACUCGGACGAAGAGAAAGACUCGGUCAUGACGGCCAUCUCCAGAAGCCUUGCGCGACCACAACCCCUGGUCACGCGCGAGCUGUUCCCCAUCAGGCGCAAAUAUCCGCUCGUCCGGCUGAAAGAGAUGUUGUCCAACGCCAUGAGUGGCAACCGAAACGGUACCAGCAUAUUCAGCGUGCCUUCGGAGAGUGCUCGAAGCGCUGUUCCUCAGUCGACCAUCAACGAGACCUUUCCCCCGUCGACUGUGUCGGCUUCGCCUGCUUUGACAGGGAUCGGCUUGGCUCAACCAGGGCUCAAGGUGCCUCUUAGGAAGUCUUCGAUCGACGUGGCUUAG